UCUAUUUCUCAGUACACCUCUGGUUUCCUACCAUGAAAAAACAUUUCAGCAGGAGGAGUAGGAAGAGAGAAGAACUAUAGGAUGGUGUUGUGGCUGUGAAAGGGAGGCUGGGUGAGAGGAAGGAGAAAAGAACCCUCUAUCUGUAUGACCUGACAAGUCUGCAUGGUGAGUUCUUAUAAAACACGAUGGAACACCCUCACUCAACUGACAGGUCUCCUCCCUCUCUAGAGUCUGAAGGAACAGGCCAUGGUCAACCAGAGCUCCCCACUGGGCUUCCUCUUCCUGGGCUUCUUGGCACACCCAGGGCUGGAAAGAAUCCUCUCUGUGAUUGUCUUGAUUUCUUACCUCCUGACCCUUGUGGGCAACACACUCAUCAUCCUUCUGUCCGUGAUGGAUCCUAGGCUUCACUCACCAAUGUACUUUUUCCUCUCCAACCUCUCCUUCUUGGAUCUCUGCAUCACCACAAGUUUUGUUCCCCAGAUGCUAUUAAACCUCUGGGUCCCAAAGAAGACCAUGAGCUUCUUUGGCUGCUCUGUCCAGCUCUUCGUCUUUCUGUUCCUUGGGACCACUGAGUGCAUCCUCCUGACAGUGAUGGACUUUGGUCGCUAUGUGGCUGUCUGUCAGCCCCUCCACUAUGCCACCAUCAUCCACCCCCACCUGUGUGGACAGCUGGCAGUUGUGGCCUGGGCUAUGGGUUUGGCCCAAUCACUAGUACAGACACCACCCACCCUCCGCCUACCUUUCUGCCCCCACUGGCAGAUAGAUGACUUUGUAUGUGAGGUUCCAUCUCUAAUUCAACUCUCCUGUGGGGACACCACCUAUAAUGAGAUUCGAUUGGCUGUGUCCGGUGUCAUUUUCCUGGUUAUGCCACUCAUUCUCAUUCUUAUCUCAUAUGGUGCCAUUGCCUGGGCAGUGCUGAGAAUUAACUCUGCAAUAGCAUGGAGAAAGGCUUUUGGAACCUGCUCUUCCCACCUCACUGUAGUCACUAUCUUUUACAGCUUAGUCAUUUCUGUCUACCUCUAG